GCGACCCCCCCCCUCCCCCUGUGAGUAACCCGAGUGGCUCGCGCAGGUGAUGGCGCGAGGAGAGGGCGCGGAGCAGCUGCCGGACCCCCUCCUGUGUCCCGGGAAACCGUCAGACCCGGACCGGCUCAACGGCAAAACCGAGAAAGAGAAGAGGGGUGUGUCCGUGUGCAGUAAGGUGUGCUUUGCGAUUGGUGGAGCUCCGUAUCAGAUUACAGGAAGUGCUCUGGGCUUCUUCCUGCAGAUCUACCUGUUGGAUGUGGUGCAGUUAGAGCCGUUCUAUGCGUCCAUUAUCCUGUUUUCAGGGCGAGUGUGGGAUGCCGUUACAGACCCCACUGUUGGUUUUCUUGUUAGUCGGAGUCCAAAGACCCAACACGGCCGGAUGAUGCCAUGGAUCGUGUUGUCCACCCCGUUUGCAGUGUUGAGUUAUUUCCUUAUCUGGGUGGUUCCUCCAGUGGAGAAGGGCAAAGUGGUGUGGUAUUUGUUCUUUUAUUGCAUGUUCCAGUCUCUACAGACGUGUUUUCAUGUGCCUUACUCAGCUCUGACCAUGUUCAUCAGCUCAGAGCAGAAAGAGAGAGAUUCAGCCACAGCGUAUCGUAUGACUAUAGAGGUUCUCGGCACGGUUCUUGGAACAGCCAUACAGGGUCAGAUAGUGGGUGGAGCCAAUGCUCCUUGUAUAAACCAUACCUCCUAUUCCAAUGAAAGCCUUAACGUUACGCAGCUCAGCGCCGCGGUCAACGUCUCGCAUGUCACGCUGGAGGAUACGAAACGAGCGUACAUGCUAGCGUCCGGUGUAAUUAGCGUCAUCUACAUCCUGUGUGCUGUUGUCCUGUUUCUGGGCGUGAGAGAACAACAAGCUGUGAGGUGUGUGAAAGAGGAGCGGUGUUUGACGUUUAUUGAGGGUCUGAAGCUGCUGCAGAAACACGGACCCUACGUCAAACUGGUCAUGGGCUUCCUCUUCACGUCGCUGGCCUUCAUGCUGAUGGAGGGAAACUUUGCUCUGUUCCUCACAUACACACUUGGACUGCGUGAUGAUUUCCAGAACAUUCUUCUCGUCAUCAUGCUCUCUGGAACCCUGACCAUCCCUCUGUGGCAGCUCUUCCUCACACGCUUUGGCAAAAAGACUGCAGUCUAUAUCGGCAUACUGUGGGCGGUUCCCUUCAUGAUCCUGGUAGUGUGUAUUGAGAGCACCCUCAUCUUGACGUACAUCGUCGCUGUAUCAUCCGGAGCCAGUGUGGCCGCAGCUUUUCUCUUGCCAUGGUCGAUGUUACCAGAUGCAGUAGAUGAUUAUAAAGUCCAGAAUCCCAAGUCUCAGGGUCACGAGGCAAUCUUCUACUCCUUCUACGUCUUCUUCACCAAGUUCGCCUCCGGAGUCUCACUGGGCAUCUCCACCCUCAGCUUACAUUUUGCAGGUUACGUGUCGAGAGCGUGUGUUCAGCCCGACUCUGUGAAUUUAACCCUGAGACUGCUGGUGUCUGCCGCGCCCGUCUGUCUCAUUAUCCUCGGCCUGCUCAUCUUCAGGUCCUACCCCAUCAACGAGGAGAGGAGGAGAGAAAACCGUAUCCGCCUACACGCCAUGCUGCAUGACAGCAGCGAUGAGGACACGGAAAACUUUGGAUAUUCCAUCUGAAACACACAGAAUAAGUACACACACUACUGUUUUAUGUGUGUGUACACGUGCCUACACGUGCCUUAUCGAGACUUGUUUAUGUGGUAGUGGGGGGGGGGGGGGGGGGGUUUAACGCGUCUUCAUCGACUUGUAUUCAACAGUGUGGACACCCAGCACAAGAGCACCUUCAGCCCUGACCUGUUUAACACAGUGCAUUCUGGGUAAGUUCCUGAGGUCCGCUCAGUGUUCUAUACCAAGUAAGGUGGAAGAAGGAUGAGUUUAAAGAGGACUGGACCACUAAAGCCCUGACUGCACUCAAAACAUUUGUCUGAAUAAAUAACUGAAUACUGAA